UAAUCACAUAGUCAUAUAUUCACAUCGAUACAUUCUAUAUGCGGUCCUAGAUCAACAUAGGCAUUCGUUAUGACCAAUAUUUCAAAAAUCAUAUCAAGUAAAUCAUGAUACUCAUCAUUAACUCAUUCAACCAGUUUAGAUUAUCUUCAUCUUCAAUUCCUUCCGACAAUUCAUAUCAUCAUUAAUUUAUAUCAAUAACUCAUAUUAUCAUCCUUAAUUCAUCACCAAUUUAGAUCAAGAUAUCACAUAAUCCAGGAACACACAAUACAAUGUAUGAUAUACAGACUCUCCAUAUUAUUAUCAACUACUUUACCAUUGAUACCAUCGUUUUUUAGAAAUUUGGCACUUUGGCAAUCCAUUGGAGAUUGUCUAAGGUGUCAACCCUAAACAAAAUAAAUUCGUAUAAGUAUUCAACCGUCUCAUGAAGUACUUUACUGUUAAUAUUGAGUAGGACACAAACACAUAUAAUCAAUAAAAUAGAAACAUUAAAAAAAAUAUGAAAGCCUUAGAAAAAUAGAAAAGGUAACCACCAUAUGAUCAUGGUGUUUAGGUUUGACAUAUAAAAAAGAAACGAUUUAAUAUUUCAAGAGCAUCCCUUAUGUCAUCAUUUGAUAUCCUAGUAGUCCCUUAUAUCAUCCCUUAAAACAUAACAAACAAAAAAAGCAAUUACCAGAUUACCAGUAGAUGGAAAAAUCAUUAAAAGAUUAUGAGUGAACCACAUUACACUAUACUAAAAAAUCACCAUUAUACUACAUUAUCAUAAGACAAGGUUACCACUAGACCGAAAGGAUUACCACUAGACCAAAUUACCAGUAGGAUGAAAACAUUACCACUAGAGGGGAAAUGAGGAGUCAGUUGAAUAAAACUAGUACCACUACAUCGCAAAUUAAAACCAUUAACUAGACCAAACUAGUACCAAUAUACCAAAAUAAACUAUUACCACAAUACCAAUAAAUUUAUGAGAAAGACAAAACUAAGAUGCAUUUUUUGUUAGGAAAGUGAACAUCCUUUGUAGAAGGAGUGAUUUAGGAGCAGGGGGUUCUAAUAGAGCAAGCGAUUCUGGAGAGCUUGAUGGUCAAAUUUUGGGUGGAGGAAGACUUGAUCUAUAUGGUGGAAGAAUCCAUCUUCAGCAAGUUUGACAGAUACCACAACGGGAAAGUGGACCUGGAGUAAUACCUGUCGGAGGUGGACAGAGAAGCGACCAGCGAACGAGUGAGAAAAUAUAAUGAUAGUAGGAAAGGAAGAGGAUAGAGAGAGAGAGAGAGAGGACUUGCGGGCCAAAUGGCACAUGACUAUUUCUUGCUAUAGAGAGAGAGAGAGAGAGAGAGAGAGAGAGAGAGAGAGAAAGCAAAAAUCCACGGAGUGAGGUGGCAAAGGGGAUUGGGCGAUUGGCGAAGGGGGCUAGUCAACAGAGUGAGGGUGGCCAAUGAAAGAGGAAAGGUUUGAGAAGGAGAGAUGAGGAGGGGAGGGCUCAAUAAGGGGAGGGCUGGAAAAUAGGUUUUUUUUUGUGAUGGUUUAAUUUGUAGAGUGAUAACACAUAAAAUAUACGUUUUAUCACCUCAUCUAUGAUAUGUUUUGCAUCAUUUAUUUAUAUUAUUAGCCAUUUUAUCUUGGAUUUGCUUGAUAUUUGUUCAAAUGUGCAUUUGAUAGCCUCUAGAGCUUUUUACACAUGUGAUGCAUUUUUAGGUAGUAAUGCCUUAUCCUCUUUAAGUCAGAUCCAAACAUCAAGACAGAGCAGGAUAUUAAGUAUCAAGAAGAAGAUUACCAUGGUGAUGCCUUAUCCUCUUGUAUUUUCUAAUCCUUUUGAAUGCAUGGAUAGCUAAACUUCUAUACUAUUCAUAUUAUUUAGAACCCUAGGGUUGAUAGAUGGAUUUUUUCUAUGGAUUGGUUGAUGUUCUUUAGAUUGAUUGAUGAUAUGUGAUUGUUUUAAUAUCAAUGUUAUCGUUAGUAUAAUCAAAGCUAUCUUAUCAUGUGUUGAUACUUUCAAAUCUAUUUUGCAAUUGGAUGAGUCUGGAAAUGGCCAUCUCAUCACAAUCGAACAUCAAUCGAUUGAGCUACCCUGGAUUAUUAAGAGAGAAAUUUUUAGGACACAUCGUAGCAUAUUCGAUCUAACCAUUGUUAGACACACGCCAUUGUAAAAUUGCAUUGCGUAAUAAUCGAGCAAUUCCUAUGGCAUAGAAGUAUGUCAUACCUAGGGUAAGCAUAAUCUGAAUGGUCGCCUUUAUCAUUUGCCUAAUUUUCAUUCAAUUUAAUAUUUGUUUUUCCUUGUUUCAAUUUAGUUUUCCUUAUUCAUGUCAAUUUUAGUAUUUUUGUAUAAUCUAGGUUGCAACUUUUGGUUUUGAGUAAUAGGAUGAUUAGGGACCUCGUGUAAAUUUGAUGUGAGUAGCCUUCAUCUACAUAAUUAAAUUUGUUGUUGUCUUACAACAUAUCAAAUUUUGGUGCUGUUGUCGCAGACUUCUUAUCUAUUGUAGGAAGGGAUCUUUAGUUGCACCUUUUUAUGUUUUUUCAUGAGGUAUUUUGCAUUUUCUUGUGUCAGACUUCAUAAAGGCAUAAACGCACAAGAAGGAGAAAAUCGGGGGCCUAGGCGCCAAUUUGUGCCCAAAUUUGGUGCUCGAUGUAAUUUUCUUACAAAGGCCUAAAAAUUUCCCUCAUGGAAUUUUGACAGCCCUGCACCAUCCACACGAUGGGGGAAAGAUUUCUACGCAACUUGACUGACUUCUUUCACCCUAAAGCAGCUCACAUAACAUCUAGCAUUGUCAUGCCAGAAACCACAUAUGUUAGUUGAAUUCGCUAUCACGAUUCAAUUACUGGAAAACAAGGGAAUUAUUUUAUGGUGGGGAAGGGAGAUGAUGACCCAACUACUCAUGUAUGAGAAUUGAAGCACACUGUAGACUCAUCAAAACCAAAGAUCGAAAAUUCUAGCAAAUUCUUUCUAGUUUGUUUUUUCCCUGCCUGGGACAAUCACUAACGAUAGAUAGCGAGGGGGAAAAAAACUUCUAGAGCUCUUUGGACAAGGCACAAGUGGUAACUGAUCCUGAGCAUGAGGUCCCAUAGAAAAGAUAGUGAAAAGAUAGCCUGCAAGAACUCCGCCUCAGUGAAAAAUCUUCCCCCCGGUAGCACAGCCGAGACAGCGACGGGUUCUCUGCCCCUGCGGGGAUGGAGCGACAGAAGUUUUAAGAAUUCAAGAGAAGGUCAUGAAUUAUGGUCAACAAACCAUCCGAGCUGCAAGAUACAUUGGUCAAAGCUUCUUACCCUUUUGAACUUGUAUUGAUUAUUUAUAAGUUUACAAUAGAAGGGCUCGGAUGAGAGGAAACUUUCACGUCCGAUUUUGAGGGGGGGGGGACCCUAUCUCAAUGUUUCCUAGAAGAAGGUGACUCGCGCAGACAGCUGACUCCUUUUCAAUAGAAAAAAGGAGUACUCAACCUCAUGGAGUCUCUGUAGAUGCAUUUAACUUACGACUCUUCUCUUUUCUGCUUAAAAGAAAUAGCAAAAGUAUGGAUGCAAAUCCCGACCUCCUAGAAAUUUUAAAACAUGGGAUACCCUCUCUGAGUCCUUUCUAGAGGAAUACUUACCUGCAUGAAAGGCUGACGAGAAUAAGGACCAAAUCUAGAGGUUCAAGCAGAAAUAGGAUGGGGCAUUCCAUGAAACUUGGGAUCGUUACCAAAUUAUCGACAUGUUGUCCGAAGGGGACGUUACCCAGUACACUGCAGAAUUUUCCUUAGAACACUACAAGUCCAUGGCUCAUUAAACUAAAAACUGGGAAAGAAAGACAGCCUCCAACAACAGAGGAUGGACCAAAACAAAUAGAGGAUGGUUGAACAAAUAGCCACCUUGCAAGCUUAACUCGCCUCUCCUAAAGAGCAACAGAACAAUGUCAAACAGUCUGGUGUGGAAUGUUAUGCUAUGAAUGACCAGUCUAAUUGAAAUUAAAGGCAGAAAUGAGGUCAUUUCCCAUGCGACCAUAUAACUCCAAUAUCAUGCUUGAAUCAUCUCUAAGAGUAUAGAGGGUCUCGAGAAUGGAAUAGGCAAAUCGAAGGAGUUUCUUGAGAAUGACCAACUUCAGUUACUACAUGACCAAGAGCGCCAACCUAAAGAGUACUUGAUAGAUUCAAUGGUAUGAUCAAUGAAACUCCUUUGGAAGCUAUCACCCUAAAAAGUGGAAAGGAGACACUACCAACUCCUUGUGAAGCAUCCUCUCAUCAAGAGAAGUGACUCGCUUGUAGCGUCACACUAGAAAGUGGCCAAGUAUAACCAUCUGCUAAUGCGUAGUAUAGCGGGUUUAGUUCUAAAUGUCAACCCGGGUCCUAGGUGUGAUGACUACUCCGUGAGAUUCUUAUUAUUUAGCGGUUCAACUGUCGUGAAGUUCCAACUAAACUAGCAAGCAAAAGCAGUAAAUGUUGUGUUCCAAGUUUGAGAGAGGUCACCCAGAUAUGGUUCCCCCUAUACUGCAGUUAAGUCAAGCUGUAAUUUGCUAAGUUCAGAUUCAAUGAUAGUUAUACUGUGGGAGGUUAUUAGAUAGUCUGCAGUCUCGGCUAAAAGUCUCCAGACCCUCUCACUCUGAGUCUUCAGCGGGCGACUAACCUCCAUCGGAGUAAACAGACUGAGGCCCUACGUACCAAACCUCCUCUACUGGAGUAAAUCCAAUACAGAAUAAUGAAUUGACUUCUCGACUAGAGUCAUCAAUUCACUACCUUCAAUCAAGGGUACUCUAUCAACCUAGGCAGAUAUUCUCAUUCUAGGUCAAAGCAGGAAUAACAGGAAUUUGAUCAUGAUGCAUGCAAUUCAUAAAAUCAUGCCUCAAUUGAAUAUAAUCAAUAUCAAAGAAUUCGUACUUGGGUUCAUACAGCCAGCCCUAACAUACAAAUCUAGGAUUCUUCAUACCGAGAGAGUGAGUUUACUCCAUAGAGAGUGAAGGAAAAUCUGCUUCAGAUGGCAGAAAUCAUUAUGUGAAGGACGAGGAUCUGCUUCUGGUAAUCAAUCGGCACUCCUCCAAGCUUCCACCGAGCUCCAAUGGUGUUGAAGAUCGAUUUUGGGCACUUGGAAGUUCUGUUCGUCACUUUCUCUCUCUAGGUUUUCUACUCUCUAGCUCUCAAAAUUGGGUCCCCCUUCUCUUUCGCCGAAAUCUCCUUUUAACCUAAGAUUGGGCAAAACACGGCCGAGGACAUGACCGUGUUUUGCUUCAUCCCGCCCGUGUUUUGCUUCACUUGUGGCAAACACGCCAGCGUCGCUCCCAAAACACGGUCGUGCGCAUGAAGUGACACGACCUUGGUUUGGUCCAAUGGCACCCGUGUUUUGGACUCUCAACAACCAUCACGAGUUCACGACACGCCCUCGGCAGUAAAAACACGUCCUGGGGAACACGACCGUGUUUUUGACAGGGCUGCCCGUGAUGUUGCCCCAGCUUCACCGAACGACCUCCAAAUGACCCGAAACUCGUGCCUAGUCUUUCCUUCGAUGCUUGAUACCUGAAAUGUGACAAAAUAACACAACCCAACGUAAAAUAGGCCAAAGAUACACGACUAGGAGCCGCAAACAUAUAAGAAAUAAGGGUGCAAACACGUGCAAAUACAUCGUUAUCAAUAAGUCAUGAAUUCCAACAGAAGGCGACUAUGGUGCCAAUGACAGUCUUAAACCUCCAUCCCAUCCCUAACAAAUCUUUUGGGCCUAUAUUUGCCAAUAAGAGAGCACAAGGAGAAAAAUUGUCUAGCAAUCUCAACUUAAUAAAUUCUAGGCCCAUAGCUCCUUAUCAUGCUAGGCUCAAUUGAAAUAAAGCACAAUAAGAGGAUGAUUUUCCCAAUUCAUAUAUUUUCACCAAUUCAUAAAGAAAAUUGGGAAAAUAAACAUCAACAUAUUCUUCAUCGAAGCCAUUUCCAAAUUGCCACAAUAUGCAGGAUUCAUGAAGGAGGUGUUGGAUGACAAGGAAAAUAUGAAGGAUUAGCUUCUGCCACACUCAGUGUUGUAUGUGGCACUAUCCUCCAAAAAUGGCCUCUAGAAAGACUUCCAUAUGUAAGAAAUUCCUACGACUUGGAGGAUGAUCUUAGUCAUUCCCUACUUACUCUCUGGUAUAAACCUAUCCAUCCUCAACCAGUAAAAGAGACACUUCCUAUCAAAAUUGAUGAUCUAGAUAUGCAUGGGUAUUUUGGUUCUAGUUAAUGUCCAUCGGCAGUUCCCUUUCCAACUCAACUAAGUGUGGAAACAAUGCACCGAGAUACUCCCUCUCAAUAAUCUUCUAAAGGUGCAAAAGAGGAAAGCGUAGUUGAACUGCUGGACAAACAAAGGGAUUUGCCUUCUCGAAAGAUCAAGAUGACCAUAGUAAUACUCUCUCUAUGGAAAUCCUUUCAACCCAUAAGCUUUCUAUUGUGGAAACUUACAUUAUGGAGAUUCCCCAAUCCUCCAGAAAAUCCAUGGAACUAGGGGUGUAAAGAUGCAAUCACCCAGAUUAGUGCCUACUCGGAGGAGCUCUGUUGGGAAUCAAUGUAAGAUGUUGGU